CAGGCUGAUCAAACUUCAAGUCUGCGAGUAGUGUUUUCCGCUGCAGUCGAUAACUCGACGCGCGUGGGAGGAAGCGAAGUUCGUAAUCCCGUCCUCCGUGACAGACACCACACAUUUGGUGAGACUUUACUUACCAGUCGGGGCUACUAAGUGUCUGCGUGACCCUGCAGGUUAUCAUCGUUAGAAAUUCCGCGACAAGGUAUAUAAGAACAUGAAAAAAUUCCAUCCUGCGUCAUAUAUAUGGUCGGUCUUCACAAUUUGCAUUUAAAACUUAGGGCCUUCUCCUUGUCUAUGCGAGAUAUCUGAUGGUGGCAUUAUGCUACUCGUAUCGGCUGAGUGUCGUGGGGUCGGUAUCGCACAGUAUUGCCAUCAUCUGCACCAUCUUCAGGCUCGUUUACAGAGGCCGGAUGCAUCAGUUAUGGUGGGAAGAUGCAUGGGCGGCAUUUGCGUUGGUCGCAGACGUUGUUUGCCUGGCAUGUAUCUGGAUCGACGAAGCGAUAAGUACAUGGAUUCUCGCAAUCGCUUUUACCAGUGUGCUGUGGGCUGCGCGCAUGAGCAUCAUUUUCUCGAUCAUCCCCGUCGCCAACCACUCGGGAUCCAAGAUCCACAAACAGAUUACUCGUCUCAUCGCAGUAUCCUUUGCGUGUAUGUGGGCCGCGCUGCUCGUUCAGAAGAUCAGUAUCUGCAAAUUCGACUCCUGCCGCCUGGGCAAGUCGGUGGCGCUCUCGAUUUUGACCACGGACAUCGCGGCGGAUGUUUCCCUCGUUGCCGCGCCGCUUUAUCUUUUGAAAAACGUAGGCCUUUUGCGUAGCAGAAAAUUACUGGUGCAAUGUGCAUUUUGCGCAUCGCUUCUAAUUACCGCCGUCACAAUCCCUCACUCUAUACUCCUCAUCCUCGGAAUCUUUAACACAACUACGCUCAUGGUUGCGCACAUCAAGGCAGCCCUCAGUCUCACCAUCUGCAAUCUCCUGGUGAUCGUGACCUUCUUAUACCGCGUAUACUCAAAAGACACAUUCGACCACGACCAGUCAUUCGCAUCCAAUGGAGUCUUCACGAGUAUCAUCAUGGCACCGAUGGGUAGCAGCACAAAUACCAUGACGUCGUUUUCUUUACAGAAGGGGAUAACCUCAAGACAGAUCAGGGUGCAGACUAGGGGGAUGAAGUCGAAGGAUGAAGCUAAAGGCGCAAGUGUCCAUUACGCCGAAGAGGGCACCAGUAUCAAGAGUAGCUAGCUAGCGAGCGACGAUCGAUUAGGAAGUUGCGAAAGAAGAUGGUAGCCUGGGUUUUCAUAUUACCAUCAUGGAAUAUAUCUUAUAUGAGUUGUACUGAAGUGUUGUAUUUAUGCCAUGGCAGUGCUUUGCGAAUCUAAGUAGAUGACUACGACCUU